AUGUGGGAGAGCCCAGAAUGGGCCCGGCACUCGCGCCGCAUUCUGCAAAAGCGAGUUGCCUUCGCAACGCUGUUUGAGGCCAGAGCACUUCAAACGCUGACAAAGCAUGUAGGGGCAAAGAGGGACCGGCAAACAGGCAGCAAGUGCCAGUGUUUGGCUCGGCCACGGGUGCAUCGAAAGAUUCCAAGGCCUUUUCGUGCCAGAGUUGCCUUGAGCUUUCUCAGCAGGGCAGGGAACAGUGCUUGCAAAAGUAGCAAGAAACGCAAUCGCAACAAGAAGCCGGUUUUGCAAAGGUUUUUGCAUUGCCGGCUUGUGAAGUAG